AUGUCAUCAUUUGCUGAUAUUGUGCGGCAGAAGGAGUACUGGUGGAUGAUUCUAUCACAUGUGUGUGUCUUAGGGUUAAUAUUUCUUGUGGGGAGUCAAGUUGCAUAUGCACAAGACUCGUCAACAGACUACGUGAACGCCCACAACGCAGCAAGAUCGCAGGUUGGUGUUUCAGAUAUUGCCUGGGACGAUACUGUCGCUGCUUUUGCACAAAACUAUGCUAAUCAACGUAAGGAUUGUCAACUAAUCCACUCCGGUGGUGGUGGCCGUUACGGGGAGAAUAUCGCGGUGAGCUCGGGUGGCAUGAGCGGUACAGAUGCAGUGAAGUUGUGGGUGGAUGAGAAAUCCGACUAUGAUUAUGAUAGUAAUACAUGUGCUGCUGGUAAAGUGUGUGGCCAUUAUACUCAAGUUGUUUGGAGAAACUCAGUUCGACUUGGAUGUGCGAAAGUGAGUUGUGACAAUGGAGGAACUUUCAUUACUUGCAACUAUGAUCCACCUGGUAACUAUAAUGGCGAGAAACCAUACUAAGUGCAUGAAGAAAUAUCAUCAUAAGUUUUCAAUUCAGCUAUAGAAUUCAUAAAUAAUACUAAAACAUAUGUACGUGAUGAGUUUCUGACUCGUUAUUUUAUAUAUGUUGAUAGUUCUCAAAUGUUUAUGUGAG